AUGAUUUUUCGAAACUCCUUCUUUGCCCUAUGGGCACUGGCUGCUCUGCAUGUGUCGAAUGGCUUCACUCCAGCGACCCAGAAGUCUCAAGGAAGAUUAUCAGCUCUUUUCAUGGCCGAUGGCAACAGUGAUGCCACAAUCAUGGUCAAUGGAAUGCCAGGUCCCAUGGCAACUGCUGCAGCAGAAGCUUGUCUUCGCAAAGGUCUCAAGUUGUCUCCUGUUGCCAUGACAGGGCCAGAAAUUGAGCCCUGUACCAUCACUGUCAGUGAUAUGGUCAGCGGCAAAUCGGCCAAUGUCCGAUUGAUCCCCUCUACAGAAACCGACGAAUUAGCGGCUGCCAUUGCUGGCGCCAAAGAAGGAGCAGGAGAAAAGAACUUGUUGGCCAUUGACUACACUCAUCCUUCUGCAGUAAAUGCAAAUGCACUUUUUUAUAUUGACAAUCAACUACCAUUUGUCAUGGGAACCACUGGUGGCGAUCGUGACAAGCUCAUGGCCGAUGUCACAGCAGCCAAGCAUUUUGCCGUUAUUGCUCCCAAUAUGGGCAAACAAAUUGUUGCCAUGCAAGCAGCUUUGGAGGAUUUGGCAUCCAAGUACCCAUCUGCCUUUGCAGGAUACACACUCCAAGUGACAGAGUCCCAUCAAAAGACAAAGGCCGACACCUCUGGCACUGCAAAGGCAGUGAUUGACUCUCUCAAAGAACUCAGUGAUGAUGGUUUCACCUAUGAUGAUAUUAACAUGAUUCGGGGUGACGAGGAAGCCAUGGAAUUUGGUGUCCCCGAAGAGGGAUUGAAAGGACACGCCUUUCACACUUACACACUCACCAGUGCGGAUGGUUCCGUACAAUUUGGACUGCAACACAAUGUUGUCGGUAGAACAGUCUAUGCAGAAGGGACAGCUGAUGCUGUAAAAUUCUUGUCCAAGAAAUUGAAAACAGAAUCUGAGGGAAAAGUAUACUCAAUGAUCAAUGUUUUGGAGGCAGGUGCUCUGGAUUAG